AUGUUUCACACUCCUCCAAUCAACGAUUCAAACUUUGAUGGAGGCCAGGCUAUACGGGAGUCUUAUCAGGGCCAAGUAGAGGGGUCCUCCCCUGAGCUAUCAAUUUCCUCGAGUAACGGUGCCGGUUCACUCACUAAGGAGGAAAUAGCGCUGGAACUGGACCAAAUAGUGGAAGUGCCGGUUGAAUUGGCUCGUCUAGAAGACAAUUUUGUCGAUGAUCUGAAACAACCAAAAUAUUUGAAACCAUUGAGUGUGAUGCAAUUGUCAGGUCUUUUCCAAACUUUCUACGCAAAGUUCGAUAAAGCUGCAUUCCAAUAUCUUUCUAAAGCACCAGAUGCUAUCAAUAAUGGUAGUUUUCUCAGCGCGCGUGAAACGUUGAGUAGCGGCAUCAGUGGGAUUUUCAAUCGCAGCAGAAGCAGUAGCGAUACAGCACGCAAAAGAUCGUCUUCACUUUUUAGCACGGACUCCGCAGGUGGAGUCCAGCCUUUACUGACACCAGAGGAGAUCAAUAAGCAUCUUCGCACAACGGAGCUGAAUAACCGAAAGAUCGAAAAAUUACUUGAACUAUGCGAACAUGACGUAUUUCAAAAAAUUCUGGAAAUGGGGACCUCAGUGCCUAACAAUAAUGCCCCAAAACAAGACAAGCCAAAUGCUCUAAAACAAGACAAACCUUUGCGCCAUUUGAAGGCCACAAAUUUGUUUAAAAACAGUCCUGAAUUCAUGGAAUUUGAUAGAAUGAUGUGGGAAAAGAUGUUGCUGUUGUCAAAUGUGGCUAGAUGUGGGAAAUUGAAUUUGAUGGAUUUCUUAUCGGUACCCCAAGGAUCAUUUGACGAGAACAAGCUGGCAGAAUACUUGGAUAGGAUGGUGUACGGUCCGUUGGCACCAUACGAAAAGCUUUUACACGUUAUAAACUUGCAUGACGAAAUGACAAGUUCUCUGAACCAUUUGAGUAAUGACGAUUUUCUUUCGACGUUGAUAUACUUACUCAUUCAAUUUCCAGUGAAACAUAUGUUCAUUAACUUGCAAUUCAUUAAACUUUUCCGGUACAACAAAAAACUGGUGGAAAAGGAUCUGUACGCCCUCACUAAUCUUGACGCUGCAUUGACUUUUUUACAAAGUCUCACAAUCUCAUCACUACCUCCAGAUACUCAAUGCCAAUUGUCCAAAGCGGAGGAGGCGUGUUUGCUUGUCCCCAUAUCUGAAAAGGUUAUCUUACCGGAAACGCAACCGACAGGCUUGGGAGUUACUCCAACUUACUCUACUCUUCGUCGGUCAAAUUCAUACAAAGAAUUUGAAGGCAUAAAAACAGCCUUCGACUCAUCGCUGCGCAACAUCUUCGGCAAAAUCCGUUCAUACACACCACCCUCCGGCCCAUCGGUAGCAACCAUCACGCCUGAUAAAACGUCUAAUGGAGUCUCGAAUUUUUCAGCAUCAUCAGAAGUGGAUAUCGUGAAAAAACCCAUUUUGGUUCAGGACUCAUGGCGACUUCUGGGAAGUCGCGAUUUCGAAGAUUUGAAGAUGAGUGAAUUGAAAGAAGUUUUUGAGAACUACAAAAAACUUUUAAAAGCAUUAGAUAGCUAG